AGUUUGUCGGGACUGAUUUGUGGUCGGCAGGCGUGUUUUCUGUCCACUUGGUUUGUUGUUGUUGUGGUCGGAGGAGUUUUCUCGGGCUGGCUGCUCAUCCUGGCCUGUUGUAAGGGUUUUGGUCCUUAUGAGGCCACAGUCUUGCAGAUGAGCCAUCAUUGGGGGCUGUCGUGUCGCAGACCCAGAUAGUGACUGGUGGUUGCGGCCCCGCCCCCUCCCAGCAUGCCCAACGCUGCUCGUGCAGGGAGUCUGAAGGACCCCGAGAUCGCAGAUCUCUUUUAUAAAGAUGACCCUGAAAAACUCUUCUCAGACCUGAGAGAGAUCGGUCAUGGCAGCUUCGGCGCAGUAUACUUUGCACGGGAUUUGCGGACCUCAGAGGUGGUGGCCAUCAAGAAAAUGUCAUAUAGUGGAAAACAGUCCAAUGAGAAAUGGCAGGAUAUAAUAAAGGAGGUGAAAUUCCUUCAGAGGAUAAAGCACCCAAACAGCAUAGAGUAUAAAGGAUGCUACCUGCGAGAGCACACAGCAUGGCUGGUUAUGGAGUACUGUCUGGGGUCUGCCUCAGAUCUCCUCGAGGUACACAAAAAACCUUUACAAGAGAUGGAAAUAGCAGCGAUUACUCAUGGUGCUUUGCAGGGGUUGGCGUAUCUUCACUCCCACAACAUGAUUCACAGGGAUAUUAAGGCCGGGAACAUCCUGCUCACAGAGCCUGGACAGGUGAAGUUGGCAGAUUUCGGUUCUGCUUCAAUCGCCGCACCUGCUAAUUCAUUUGUGGGGACUCCUUAUUGGAUGGCCCCAGAGGUGAUCCUGGCCAUGGAUGAGGGUCAGUAUGAGGGAAAGGUUGACAUCUGGUCUCUAGGAAUAACCUGUAUUGAAUUAGCUGAAAGGAAACCUCCGCUCUUCAACAUGAAUGCAAUGAGUGCCUUAUACCACAUCGCGCAGAAUGAGAGUCCAACCCUGCAGUCCAGUGAAUGGACGGACUACUUCAGAAACUUCGUGGACUCCUGCUUACAGAAGUUGCCCCAAGAUAGACCCAACUCUGAAGAACUGCUGAAACAUGCCUUUGUCCAGCGUGAGCGGCCGGAGUCGGUGCUUAUUGACCUGAUUCAGCGCACCAAAGAUGCUGUGAGAGAGCUGGACAACCUGCAGUACCGCAAGAUGAAAAAGAUCCUCUUUCAGGAGGCGCACAAUGGCCCUGCGGUAGAGGUCCCAGAUGACGAGGAGGAAGUGGAGCACAUUGCUGGCCGCACGGGCACAGUGAACAGUGUGGGCAGUAACCAGUCCAUCCCUAGCAUGUCCAUCAGUGCGAGCUCACAGAGCAGCUCGGUUAACAGCCUGCCUGAUGCCACAGACGCCACCGAUGAUAACAAGAGCGAGGUGGACCUGAUGGAGAAAGACCAAACCAUUAUACCCAACAUCUCCAUUAUUCACGUCAAACCGGAGGAAGAGAGAUACCAGGAAGAAACUGAGGCUCAGAAACAGCCCACAGAGCCCCAGUCUCCCCCAGCACAGACACCACGGCGUCAGUACCGGAAUCGAGAGCACUUUGCCACCAUCCGCACAGCCUCCCUGGUGACGCGUCAGAUUCAAGAACAUGAGCAGGACUCUGAGGUGCGCGAGCAGAUGUCUGGCUACAAACGAAUGCGCAGACAGCAUCAGAAACACCUUCUGGCCCUUGAGAACAAGCUGAAGGGCGAGAUGGACGAGCACAGACUCAAGCUAGACAAAGAGCUGGAGAACCAGAGGAGCAGCUUUGCUGCCGAGAUGGACAAACUCAUCAAGAAGCACCAAUGCACCAUGGAGAAAGAUGCCAAGACUUUUGCCAACGAUGAAAAGAAAUUCCUGCAGCACAUUCAGAGCCAGCAGAAGAAGGAGCUCAACAGCUUCCUGGAGUCUCAGAAACGCGAGUACAAGCUGCGCAAGGAACAACUCAAAGAGGAGCUUAAUGAGAACCAGUCCACACCAAAGAAGGAGAAGCAGGAGUGGCUGUCCAAGCAGAAGGAGAAUAUCCAGCACUUCCAGGCAGAGGAGGAGGCCAACCUACUCCGCCGUCAGCGGCAGUAUCUGGAGCUUGAGUGCCGCAGGUUCAAACGGCGAAUUCUCAUUGCACGUCACAACGUGGAGCAAGAUCUCAUGAGAGAGGAGCUGAAUAAGCGUCAAACACAGAGGGAUCUAGAGCACGCCAUGCUGCUUCGACACCAUGAGUCUAUGCAGGAGCUGGAGUUCAGACACCUGAGCAACAUUCAGAAGAUGCGUGCAGAGCAGAUCCGCCUGCAGCACCAGACAGAGCUCACCAACCAGCUGGAAUACAACAAGCGCAGGGAGAGGGAGCUCAGACGCAAACACGUCAUGGAGGUCCGACAGCAGCCCAAGAGCCUCAAGUCCAAAGAGCUCCAGAUAAAGAAACAGUUCCAGGAUGCAUGUAAAACCCAGACCCGGCAGUACAAAGCCCUGCGAAACCAACUGCUGGAAAGCAUCCCAAAACCUGAACACAAGACCAUGCUGAAACGACUGAAGGAAGAGCAAACCAGGAAACUAGCCAUCCUCGCGGAACAGUACGACCACACCAUCAACAACAUGCUCUCCACACAAGCUUUGCGUCUAGACGAGGCGCAGGAGGCGGAGUGUCAGGUGCUGCGGAUGCAGCUGCAGCAGGAGCUGGAGUUGUUGAAUGCAUAUCAGAGUAAGAUCAAGAUGCAGACAGACGCCCAGCAGGAGCGAGAGAGAAAGGAACUGGAGCAGAGAGUGUCCCUCCGGAGAGCCCUACUUGAGACUAAGAUUGAAGAGGAGAUGUUGACCUUACAGAACGAGCGCACAGAGCGGAUCCGUAGCCUACUGGAGCGCCAGGCCAGAGAAAUUGAGGCCUUCGACUCCGAGAGCAUGCGCUUAGGAUUUAGCAACAUGGUGUUGGCUAACAUCUCUCCUGAGGGCCUCAGCCACAGCUUCCCUGGGGCCCCGGGCAGUUGGAUCCCCCAUCAGCAUCACUCGGAUGGCUCUCAGGGGAAACAGUGGGGCAGCAGCACUGGUUCAGGAGCGAGCCACCACUACCACUCCAGUCCGGGAGGAGCACAGGGCCAGCAGGGCUGGGGCCAAGCCAUCCCAGGAGGUGGGCUUCCACCGUGGACCCACUCCUCCUCGGGCCCCCAAGGGGCCAUGCCAAAAAGCAGCGUGGGGAUGCGGAACAGCCCUCAGGCUCUUAGGAGGACCACCUCAGUGGGGCGCACGGAGCAGGGCAUGAGUAGGAGCACCAGCAUCACAUCUCAGAUAUCCAACGGCUCGCACCUGUCCUAUACAUAGACACCAGUGCGUUUGUGCCAACCCUGCACACACAAACACACACAGGGUAGGGGAACGCACUGGUCCACACUAAAGACUGGCACAGAGAGCAGAGUUAACUGCACUCAUCUACCCAUCUCCCUCAGUCCCUCUUUUCUUUUCUUUUCUUUCGCUUUCACAUUUCAUUUUCCUACAUGCAGACAUGCUUGUAAAAGAUAGUAAAUACCACUCAGGUCAAAAGACAUUCUAACUUUGCAUUAAGCUUGUUUGAAAGUCAUGCAGAGCUAGAGUCAAAAACACUAGUCUGAUUUAAAGCUCACUCGAUGAGAUUCAUUUAAUGCUAAAUGUUAUUGAGAAAGAUAUAUAUAUAUAAAAAUAGAUGUUUAUUAAUUUAGCUUUAUUCCACUUAACGUGUGGAUUCAUAAGCCAAAAGGAUGUUAAAAGGAGAUGUUGGCCAUAAUUCUUAAGAUAUGCAUAGAAAUCCGUAAUGAUCGUUUAAGUAAACUAUCUAAGCUGUCAGCCUGCUGUCAUGCUCUUAGGAAAAACUAUUUGGAUUUUAAUAAAAUAAAGAAAUUGAGCUGGAUUGAGUGUGUGCAGUAUAUGUGAUGUCUGAGUUGGGAAGAGAGCUGGCCAAUCUGUCGAUUCGAAGUGAAAGUGUUUUAGUUGUCAGAUUUUUAAGUUGGACAAUUCCUUUGCAGAGUACUGUAAGUACUGUAUUUCUACGGAAAUGAUUGUAUAUAAAAACACAUUUCAUUAGGUCUAAAACUUGAUCUUACAGACUUUUUGGUUACUUGUUUACUUGGCGGAUAAAGGUCAAUGGGGCUGUCUUGCCCAAGCAGUGUGUUUUUGCAGAGUUGUAAACAGUGCAAGCAACCACAAAUCUGUUCAUAUCUCCAGCAUACUUUUUAUUUAGUCUUUACUUGCAUUAAGCAACCUAAUCAUGGCCAGAAAACCUGUCUCCAGUUUUCUUAGCCUUUUGAUACACCCUUCAUUUUAUUAGGUCAGCCAGCUUUCACCUGGAUCAGGUGUCCAGACACAUAUAGAUGUGGUGCUUUCUUGAUUAUUUAUUGUAUGUGAUGUUUUGACUGUGCAAUGCCAGCUUAAAGAUAUCAGAUAUGUUCAGUGCCUUGAAUGUGUUAAUGGUUUAUUACUGAGUAGAGACAUGCCAAGAUGAAUGUUUUUUAUGUAGCUGAAAAAACACUCAGAAAUUUAGUUUAAUCAUGUUCCCCAAGCUAAUGAAGUGACAAUAUGGGUCCAUUUUACGAAAAGUGAGUGUUGGUGUGAAUAUAUUUGGUUGUACACAUAAAGAUGAGCUUAUAUUAUCCCACUAUGUAAUGUAAACUCUUAUGUUAAUAUACUUUUGAGGUGCCUUUGAAUAGCUGCCAAGCAGAAGCACUUUUAUGUAGAGUGUUGUGUUUUGAGAGAUAUAUUUACAAGCGUUCUCAACUAUGGAAAUGACUAAUAGAGCCGUAAACUGUAGUGUGUGAUGGCGGAUGUCCAGUAUGUUUUCUGUUACUCUUUUAAAAGAUUCUUGAGGUCAUUUUAAGGAAGUGGUAGAUAUGAACUCGCCAGUGGUUUUAGUAAAGUACUGUUAUGAUUUAUCCAAUGAAAUUAAUGCAGAAACUGGUUGAAUGUACUCUGUCCUCCAUCAGGUUUGUGUCGUGUUUUUGACACUCUGGGAAUGUAAUGAAUUGUAAGGAGCUUGAACGACGUACUUUUCUUCUUCUUCUUCUUCCUGUAGGUCAUGACAGCAGGCUUUCUUAUGUGACACUGAUUUGGUCUCAUGACCUCCACACUAAAUAGCAAACGGUCUGUUCACUGUUUCAUGCUUAUUCAUUACCAGUCAAACGUUUGGAAACAUCUACUGCUUAUUUUUGAUAACUAUUUUAUUUUAUCAUACUUUAAAUAAUAGUACAUCAAGUAUAUUUACACUACCAUUUAAAAGACAGGGGUCAGAAAGAUUUUUUUAAUAAUAUAAAAAAGUUUCUUAUGCUCUUAUAAUUUACAAUCACUGUUUUCUAUUUUAAUAUAUUUUAAAACAUAAUUCAUUCCUGUGAUGGCAAAGCCGAUUUUAAGCAACCAUUACUCAAGUCGUCAGUGUCACAUGAUCCUUCAGAAAUAAUUCUGAAUGCUGGUUUGAGUUCUCAUUAUCAUCAAUGAUGAACACAGUUAUGCUGGUUCGUGUUUUUGUGAAAAUCAUGCUAAAAACAAUUCAGGAUUAUUUGUUGAAUAGAAAAUUCAAAUGAAACUUAUAGUGUAUAACACUAUAAAUGUCUUUACUGUCACUUUUAAUCAAUUUGAUGUGUCCUUGCUGAAAAAAAAAUUAUUUCUUUAAAAAUAUUACUGACCUCAACUGAAUAGUUGUGUGUUAGAGUGUAGCCUUAUUUAAAACAAACAGCUUUUGCCAAGUAGAUUCGGAAUGCUUUAUGUAUUAAAAUAUAUAUAUAUAUAUAUAUAUAUAUAUAUAUCAAGCUAAAAAACAAUGGCAUUUUCCCACACAGCUUUUCACUACAUGUAUUCAAGGAAAUAUUACAUAAAAAUCCAUAGAAGUAAUUAUAUUUACCUACAUUUAAGUUUACA